AUGUCAUCUCCGUUCUUGUGUCCGAGGGAUUCUUCUGAUGGUGGCGGCUCUGGUGGAUCAGCUGUGAGUACAAACUACUUUGGUCUUCCUGUGGACAACUAUGGAAGCCCACCAGGAUCCAAUCCAGGGCCACACACCAAGAAGAACUGGGAUAUGUUUUCGCAGUCAUAUUCUUCAAUACCCAGUCCAAAGUUACAGAAAGUAUCACCAAAUCCCGAGCAAACGCAUAUGAUAAGCUUAGUGGGCUCUAGUUAUCGGGCCGAGGAACAAGGUCACUCGCGAACGGGAGAGCAUGCUGCUCAUGAUACCGCCACAAACCAGCCGGACUUACGACGGAACACGAAGUUCUCACGCUCGUUUGGGCCUGGCAUUCAGGCAGGUGGUUUGCUGGAAUCUCACACUACCUACCUGGGCACUCAUGUUCAUGCUUCACCCAUGCAAAUCUCACCCACGGAAAAUCUUCAGCGAGGACAGUCCAACCAAGUACCUUCUUUUGGCUUCCCAAAUACUUAUUCGCCCGGCAUAUAUCAGUCUACUCCAGGAACAAACAUUCAAGGUGAAGACAACAGCCGUGUAAAUACUAGCUUGUCUUUGCCGGUAAUUACACACUAUCCGUUAUCAAACUCUAGCGGCGAAGAUCGUCGGCGCGCAGAGACACUCCCAACACCUAUAGACCAGCAGUCCAUCAGCUUCAUUUCGGUUGAAGAUUGUCAACGGUUACUUCAAGCAUCACCAGAGAAGACAUUGCUGCUUGAUAUUCGGCCCUAUCCUCAGUUUUCGCAAGCAAAUAUCAUGGAAUCCCUCAACCUCUGCAUACCCACAACGCUUUUGAAGAGGCCCUCUUUCAACACUGACAAGCUCAAGGAUACGUUCACCAACGAAUCUGAGAGAAGAAAGUUCUUGUCUUGGAAACAAUGUGCCUAUAUAAUAGUAUACGACUCACAUACGGAACAAACAAGAGAUGCCACACAGCUUAUGAAUGUACUUAAGAAGUUCAAGGUGGAAGGCUGGCGUGGUGAAGCAAGGAUAUUGCGUGGAGGUUUCACAGCCUUUGCUGGCCGCUUUCCCAACCAAAUACGACAGCAGCGCCAAAACAAAGCCAACCCAUCGGGCAUGCCAGCCCGGCCAAUGAGCUUAAAUCUUGCAUCUACUGUGCCAGUAGCCGGAGGUUGCUCAUUACCAGCUGCUGCUCCAGCCGAGCCAUUCUUCUGUAAUAUUCGGCAGAACAUGGAUCUGGUCGGCGGUGUUGGUCAGAUACCCGUCAAACUUCCGAAUGGAUUGACACCUGAACAUGCCAAACAUCUUCCAGAGUGGCUUCGCAUGGCAUCAGCUUAUGAAGACAAAGGACACGAUGUAUCGCAGAAAUUCUUGAAGAUUGAGCAGCGCGAGCUGCAUCGCAUGCGAGAGGCCCUAGACUCCCAUGCCAAUUACGAUGAAAAGUCCUCAACCAAAUUCCGUGUUGCCGGAAUCGAGAAAGGAUCAAAGAACAGGUAUAAUGAUAUCUAUCCAUUCGACCAUUCUCGAGUUCGACUUCAGGAUGUUCCUUCUGGUGCCUGUGAUUACAUUAAUGCAAAUUACGUGGGAGCGAAGCUUACCAACAAGAUGUACAUUGCCACACAGGCACCUAUACCAGACACAUUCGCCGAUUUCUGGCGUGUGGUUUGGGAACACGACGUCCGCGUGAUUGUAGCCCUUACAGCUGAGAUGGAGCGAGGACAAAUCAAGUGCCAUCCGUAUUGGAAUACCAACAGUUACGGUCCUUUCAAAGUCAAGGCUCUCGGAGAGAGACGCGUAUAUGUGGACUUGCAAACAGACACUGAAACGCCGGAGCAUUCGUCGGCUUCUGAAAAGAAACCUUCUUCAGAAGGCCUGUACAGUGCUGAAGAUGAGCGGCCUUAUAUUCUUGUCCGGCACUUCACCCUCUCACAUUCCGACUAUCCUUUCAAGCCGAUCCGGGAAAUCACCCAACUGCAAUACUCGUACUGGCCCGAUUUUGGAACGACAUCGCAACCGAGUCAUUUGUUGAACCUUAUUGAACAAUGCAAUAAAAUUACCAGGGGCAGCAGUCCAAUCAAAUUCAGCGCUGAAGACGCCCAGCCACCAGGUUUUCGGCCUAUUGUGGUCCACUGCAGCGCCGGAUGUGGUCGAACAGGCACUUUUUGCACAGUCGACAGUGUAUUGGACAUGCUCAAACAACAGCGCACGAAACGAGCCACCACAAAUGACGACGAUAGAAAGAAUAACGAUGACAACGAGAAAUGGAUUUAUGACGACUCCACGGAUCUGAUCGCCAAGACAGUUGAGGAUUUCCGAACUCAACGUCCCAGUAUGGUACAGAAUCUGAGUCAGUUUGUACUUUGUUAUGAAACGGUUUUGGAAUGGGCUGCGUUGCAUGAUGCAUAG